AUGACAUCACGACCUCCAAAUCACGAUAUGACCGAGGAAGAGUUAUCAAGACGAAGGAACUUCAAAAAGCACAAGGUGCUCCCCCAUCCGUUGAGGCAACGGGAAAAUGCUGGGAGCAUAGUCAACGAUCAGCGAUCUCCGCAAGCAAGGCGUACCCUCAGCUCAAGUGAUGCGCAAUCACGCAAGAAGACUUCGCAGUCGCCAAACUCGCCUACUCUGAAGCAUCAGUCGAGACGUAUUCGAAGUGGCCCCGUCAUGCCUCCGACCCCCCCCGCCCACUCGCGAACCUCCUCAAGUAGUCACUCCAUACAGCUGCACAGCCCGACGGACGCCGCAACACCUUCUCAGAGCCUCGAAAAGGUCUCGACGCAUCUCGAAAGACCCACGACCCCCCAGAAUCAGCAGAGUCCCCCAACACCUGAUGUGACACCCCCUCAACCAGCCGCUCGCCCCAAGGCAUUGCGGCCCGUCUUUGGUGAUCGCUCCAUUUCAAAGACUACUACGUCAGAGUCUCGAACCGAGUCCUUUCGAACGGCAAGAGAAGAGCCCUAUUCGUCUGAAGAUGACUGCAAGUCCACUAUACGACCGAGUCUACCAUCUCCACGUACAUCGCAGACUACUGUUCUGCAGAUUUCACAACACAAGGUUAAGAAAGCGUCGCACCCGAGCGGCAUCGGACUUGGACUCGACUUUGACCCCAAGACCGACGACAGCCUGACACCGAGAACGAAAGGAGAGUUCAUCAAAUUUGAUGCUGGAUGGGAAUCGUCCAAUGAAGUGGAAAAAGAAUGGGACGACAACCUAGGCAGACAUGUCAUGGUAAGGAAAACGCGCAAAACGCCGGAAACGCCGCAUACUCCUCGCCUGAGCGAACAUGGAAACGAGGUUUUCGAUGAUGACCUCAUCUCUCCUUCUAAUGCCACCAAAGCGCUUCGAGCCGUACCGUUGCAUGACAGAAUGACGACACAUCCCGUUGCCAAACAUUCACCCGAAAGAAAGAUUGCAAAGUCGAAACCAGCAGCGUUAGAAAGCUUUAGCGCCCCAGACCACCGAAGGCUCUCCGGAACGUCUGCAAAGUCGAGUGUGUCCACGGUCGUUGAGGCGAUCUUGGUCGACACGCCCUCGCCGCCUCAGCGACAACAGACUCUGCGCCAUGUGAGGAAACGAGGAACCCUGCGAGAUUCACCCUCUGAUCAAUCACCGGGAGGUUCUGCCCCCAGUUCUGCAAUCCGACUCGAGGAAACCAGACAGCACCCACCAGCUAGCCGGCCACCUGAUUCACGCCGUGAGAGUCACACGUCUGCGACGACCCACAACUCUAUGUCAAGCAACAAAGCUCGCCGCGAGGUGUGGAAAAAUGGAGGGAUCCCGGUCGUUGUUGUACCUGACCGGAGGUCAUCCAAUAGGCCUUCCCGCAGACGACGGACCAUGUCGGAAUCUGACGGAUCUGAUCAAAGAACUAUUGAUUAUCCUCCUGCCAUCCCGGCGAGAUCAUCAUCUCUGUCAGCCCCGACAAGUCGCAACACUUCACGCGCUGGGUCAAUGACGGCGGAAAGCCUCAGAGCACACAAUGCAGUCCAGCAGCGCUUGACCUCGAAGGACAGAAUGAUUUCGACAGAUCUGAAAAGCACCCCUUCAUUCUUCUCAGCGCAGGAAGACUACAUGCAUGCUCGUCCAAAUUUGCACCGGCCCGACGCCGAGUCGUAUAGUGGCAAGAGAUUGUCGCACCAGAACACACCUUUUUCAGUCGCUUCCCUUGAUACGAAUGGAAGUUUUGGAACUGCUGCUGAGGUCUCCGAAGCUCUUGCUGUCAGCAUCUACCCUCAUCAAAAUUCAUCUUUGCUCAUGGUCCAUCACGCAGUGAAGCCAAAUGACGAUGGUGAUGUAUUUCAAGACAGAGCUGCCACAGAGAACAAUGACUCGGCACCUGAGAUGCCCGGCUCAACCCCAGCAAGACCGAAAAUCGUCACAACCUCUCCCGGCGGCUCAGUACCCGUGACACCACCGCAGACACAGCUGGCGCUUGAACAAGUUGACUCACCACUAAAGAAUCCACGCGCCCCUCCAGUGCCGCCGACGCUUCCAGCUAUUCAAUUUAUCCCUGCCACACCGUCGGGGCUCACGCCAUUCCACGAACGCCAGGAGAUGCGAGGCAACUACUUUGAGGCGAUGGAGGAGGAUGAAAAGCCCCCCAAGCGAAGCAUGUCUCUGGUGCGGAGGGCAUUGCUCCAACAUCGACGCACCUCGGAAGCUUACCCUCCAAGGACGGCUCGGCCUGGAUUUCUCACGCGCACCUUAUCUCUUUCACGCAGCAACCGAGGGAAUGCGAGUACAGAGCCACUUGCUAGGGACUCGCCGUACCCGAACAUUGACGACCCACCCGCAGAUGAUAGCAAGCUGCAUCCCUUCUGGCGACCAACCUAUGCCGACGACGAAGAAGACGACUACGUUCGAGAUAUCGAUGACGAAGAUUACUACUACGAAGCUCAUCGCAAUCGACCGGGUCCACAACGGAGCUUGAGUGCGCGGAUGAAACGGACAUUUGCUAUCCUCCCCCAGCGCGACCAACAUGGCUACCGUUCUUGGUCAGGCGAGGACGGACUGGACCGACGCAUUAUCCGUCGUACACCGAGCGGUAACUUGCGCGUCGUACGACGCCGGAAGAGCGCGGAGUCGAUCCCGCGCCAGUCCGACCGACCCUACACCUCCGACGGUACCUCUUCUUCGAGGCUUUUAUGGCCCGCUCGUAGCCGCCCGAGAGGAGAGACGCCAUCGACUCCAAGGCGGCGAUUCUCCGUGUCUCACACCAUCGAGGAAAUACAGGGCUUGCCUAGACGGCUCAGCGAGCGCAGAAGAGAAAGGCGCACGCAUGAGCUGCGACAGAAGAUCAGUGGUCCCAGAGAGGUACGGGACGGUGUGGGAGAAGUAGUACGGAGCAGCAGUCAGCGCAGCCACCGGUAG